AUGAGUGUGUGCUAUCUUAGUGUAAUCGGCAACCAGGAAAUAAGCACACCCUUGUGGACUCAGGGUACAGAAGACCUGAGUGAUCACUGGUACAUUGGAGAGGUCAGCCUUUCUAGUGCCCUCACUUUUAGAGUUGUCUUUGAAGCCAUUAGGGGUUCUGGAGACAUGAGUGAUAUAGCUAUUGAUGAUGUUACCAUUUCUAAUGAAGUCUGCCAUGGUCUAGGUGAUUGUGAUUUUGAGAGUGGAAGCUGUCCAUGGGUGAAUAUUGAUAGAGAUGAUCUAGAUUGGAUAACACAGCAAGGCUCCGCUGGUCAGUCAGGUCCAACUGUUGACCACACUCUAGGAGAAGCAGGCCACUACCUUUUAGUCGACUCUUUAAUUCCUUCUGCCAUUGGUCUACAAGCACACCUUAUGCUUGGUGCCCCCUCACUGACUGGAGUUAAAUGUCUUCAGUUCUGGUACAUGAUGUACGGUAUGAACAUGGGACAGCUCCUGGUCUAUACGUCCCAAGCCUCAGACCUUGCCAAUCGAGACCUGGUUUGGAUGCUAGAGGGCCAGCAAAGUCAGUCAUCUACUGAAUGGAAGCAAGCUUCGGUACCUGUUAAUUUUAAUCAGGUUGAUGAUUUAUUUCUCGUAGCAGUUCUGGGUUCAACUUCAUAUUCCAAUAUUGCUGUAGAUGACCUCAACAUCUUAAAUGGAAAUUGUAACUUGAACCCUGCAAGUGCCUUGCCAGGAUCUACUAAUAGCCUACUUGACUGUAAUUUUGAGAAGACAUUUUGUUACUGGAAUCAAGAUCUUACUGAUGAUUACCAGUGGACAAUGUGGACUAAAGCGACUGGAACAAAUGAAACUGGUCCAAGCUCAGAUCCAAACUCAGAAACAGGAUGGUACGUGUAUGCUGAAGCUGAUAUGGUGCUUCCUGGUUCCAAGGCUCGUCUCUUGUCUCCUCUUGAACACGAGUCUGCUGACUACACAGAAACCUGUCUUGAAUUCUACUAUCACAUGUUUGGUGCAGACAUGGGAAAUUUAUAUGUGUAUAUAGAGAGGACGGACUUGAAUGAGACAGAGAUUAUUUUUAAAAGAGGUGGAUCUGAUCAGGGUAAUAGCUGGUAUGUUGCUCAGGUCAACAUCGGUAUAGAACCAGGAGUUGGCUUCUAUAGGCUUAUUUUUGAAGCAGUACGAGGUGGUUCUAUAUACAGUGAUAUUGCCAUAGAUGAGAUUAAAUAUCAUAAUGGAACAUGCCCACCUCUCAAAACUUGUGGAUUUGAGUCAAACUUAAUGUGUGGUUGGAAGAAUGAGAUCUUAUAUGAUAUGUUUGACUGGUCUAGAAACACAGCCUCUUCCUUACGACCAGAUCUUGGGGACCAUACCAAUGGUGUUCCAUCUGGAUACCUGAUAUAUGCCAACCAAGGGAUUCCUCAGGUUCCCGGAGACUAUGCAACCUUGCUCAGUCCCACAUACUCUGCUACAGCCACAGGAGAUUGUUUCUCUUUCUGGUAUCACAUCAAUGGAGACAGUGAUGUGGGUAGACUUCGUGUGUAUGAAAGGAUAGAUGGAAACCUUGAAGGUCCAUAUUGGAGUUCAACCGGUGUGAAUGAAGGGGAUAACUGGUGGAAAGCAUCAGUCACUCUCAAAUCAAAGUCUUCAUUUCAGAUUGCUGUGGUAGGUGAUGUCGGGAAUGACCCCAAUUCUGAGCUGGCUAUUGAUGAUUUCAAAGUUGAAGAGCAGCCCUGUGCACCCAGGGGUUCCUGUGACUUUGAGAAGGAUUACUGUACUUGGUUGAAUGCUGUAACCGGUGAUGACAAGGAUUGGGUGAGACUCAAUGGGGCUACUACCGGUGGUGGAACAGGUCCAGUCAAGGACCACACCUUAGGGGCAAUGUUGGGUUCCUUCUUGUACACUGACUCUGUUGUAAUUGCUGCUGGUGAUAAGGCAUGGUUAUUGAGUGAGGUUUAUCAAGCUGGAGAUGCUUGCUUCUCAUUCUGGAUUCAUAUGAAUGGUCCGGGUAAUAAGACUUUGAAUCUCUACACUGAGGACCAGUCUAACUAUGUGAAGGACCUCACUUGGACCAGGUCUGGGAACUUAAGUGAUCAUUGGGUCCAAGGCCUAGUCUCACUCUCAAAUCCUGAUGUAUAUAGGAUCAUCAUAGAAGCUGUGUAUGAUGAUGACAAUGAUGGCAGUAUAGCUCUAGAUGAUACAAUGCUUGCUGAGGGCGGACUCUGUACUGAGAGUAGUGUAGCUAAUUGUGAUUUUGAAGAUGAUAUGUGCGGCUAUGAGCAAGCAGAUGAUGAUGAUUUUGAUUGGACGAGGAACCAAGGGAGGACACCUUCAGAUAACACAGGACCUACCUAUGAUCAUACUACCAUGACCUCUGAGGGUUGGUAUAUGUACAUGGAGUCAUCAAGUCCUUACCUACAAGGAAUGGAAACCCGUCUCAUGAGCCCAAUCAUUGAUCUGACCACUAGACUAUGUCUUCAUUUCUGGUAUCAUAUGUUUGGACGUGAUGUGGGGACAUUGAAUGUCCUUACUCUUCGUGAGUCAGCUAAACCACCAGACAUUGGGUCAGUUGUGUGGACUCGCAGCGGUCAAGUGGGUGACCAAUGGAUGGCAGGGACUCUAGUCGUUGGAGAACCAGAGUCAUUCAGGUUGGUGUUCCAAGGAGUUGUAUCUGGUUACGAGGGUGAUAUAGCCAUUGAUGAUAUCAGCAUGUAUUCAGGAGAUUGCCAAAGAACAUUGAGUUGUGAGUUUGAGGAUCCACAGAUCUGUGGUUACGUUCAAGACUCUAUCACCGACGAUUUUGAUUGGACGUUCUGGUCUGGAGAUACGCCCACUUCAUACACAGGACCCUCUGUCGAUGUCACAUAUGGAACAAGCUUUGGUCAUUAUAUGUACACUGAGUUAUCUGGAAGACAUAGUGUGGGUGCGUCUGCAAAGCUGUUAAGUCCUCAUGUUUCCAUGGAAACCACCCAAACGGUCUGUUGGAGGUAUUAUUACCAUAUGUUUGGUCGAGAUGCCGGAGCGUUUACAGUUGCAUACCGCAACAAAGAUUUUGCUCAGAUCACUGUAGCACAAUACUUUGGGAGCCAGGGCAAUGAAUGGAUUGAAGGGCAAGUAGAGGUGACUGAAAACGGCUACGAGAUGAUGUUCAUUGGUACUUAUUACAAUGGUGAUGAAGGUGAUAUUGCUUUAGACUCUGUUUCCAUGACACCAGGUCGAUGUAUUGACUGUGAUUUUGAAAGCAGCUGGUGUGGUUGGGUGCACUCUAAUGGAGAUGAUUUUGAUUGGGUGAGAUGGAGGGGGGAAGCAGCGACACCUUCCACUGGUCCUUCAUACGAUCAUACAAAACAAAAUGAAGCGGGUUAUUAUCUGCUCUUUGAUACAAGUGAUCCUAGAAAGCUUGGUGAGGUAGCUCAUGUAUCAAACGUGUUUGAGACAACAGACGAAGAGAUGUCCUGUUUCAUAUUCUGGUUUCACAUGUUUGGAAAUGAUGUUAGCGAACUUGAACUGAUCAGGGCACCCAGAGAAACACAUAUUGUAGAAUUUGUUUGGAGAUUGAGAGGACAACAAAGUAUGGAUCGAACAAACUGGAUUCAAGGUCAGAUACCAUUCAAAGGGAGUAACAUGCUAGCGUUUACUGGAACGGUUGGGCCUGGUAUAUAUGGUGACAUUGCUUUGGAUGAUUUUCUGUUUGUUCCAGGAGACUGUGUGGUACUACCUAGAGAAGCUGAUUUACUUCCACCAACUACAUCACUUCCACCUACCACAACAACUCCAGCUCCUAACCCUUACAGCUGUGAUUUUGAAUUGAAUUUCUGCACCUACAUACAGUCUUUGGAUGAUGAUAUGAACUGGACGAGACAAAAAGGUAGAACUAGUUCAUAUGAUACUGGUCCUUCACAAGAUCAUACUACCGGUCAAGGAGCAUAUAUCUACACAGAGGCUACUAACAAAGCACCAGGAACCAUAGCCCAUCUAGAAUCAACUUCCAUCCCUGCCUCAUCAAUGCCUACAGUGUGCAUUGAUUUCUGGUAUCAUAUGUAUGGUUCUAAUAUGGGUACACUCAAUAUCAAACCAAAGAUUGGUGACGACCUGAAGGGCGCCCUCUGGACCAGAUCAGGGGAUCAUUCUGACAGAUGGUUACAUGGGCAAGUUAAUUAUCAGUCAUCCCAAGAUUUUCAGAUUGUGUUUGAAGGUGUUCUGGGUGUGGAUUAUUACAGUGACAUGGCUUUAGAUGACGUCACAAUAUAUUCUGGAAACUGUCAAGGAGUACAUGAGUGUACGUUUGAGUCUGAAGAUCUAUGUGGCUAUGUGCAGCUUAAUUCAGACAACUUUGAUUGGUCUUGGGGAACUGGCUCUACUCAAACUCCCUACACUGGACCUGCCUUGGAUGUUACUACAGGGACAUCGACAGGUCAUUAUUUAUACAUUGAUGCAAGUGAGCAAACAUCAGGAGACAUGGCUAGAAUAAUGACACCAGAUCUUGACCCUUCUGAUGGUAAAACUGAACUUUGUUGGAGCUUCUAUUAUCACAUGUUUGGAGAUAACAUUGGUCAACUUAAUAUAUAUAUUGAUGGUGAUGACACCCCUAUUUGGAGUCUUGGUGGUACAAACCUGGGAGAUGUCUGGUUCUAUGAUGUUUUUAAUAUCACCAAAUUUGUGACUUACAAGUUGAUUUUUGAAGGGGUCGUAGGUCAAGGGUCAGCCGGUGAUAUUGCCAUUGAUGAAAUUGACUAUAAAAAAGGAUCUUGUGAACCAAGAGGUACAUUGAUCUUCAAAUAUUUACAUUAG